CUUACAUCUGUUUCUCGUUAUAGCGUGCGAAACAUUACUCCGGGAGUUGUGCUUGGCCUUGCGGAGCGAAUAACCAGGCCAGCCCUCCCAUUCCCCGCGAGCCUUUGCAGAUCAAUAUUCACCUCUCCGGUGUUGCAAAUGCCGACGGUCGGGGUUAACCGUGAUAAGCUGUUCGAGAAGCUGGGAAAGGCUUACACCGAUGAAGAGUUCGACCAGCUCUGCUUCGAGUACGGGAUUGAGCUUGAUGACGUGACUUCAGAAAAGGAAAUGCUCCGAAAGGAGCUUGCCAGUACGGUUGCCAAAGGGGCGGACAGCAAGCUGGCAGCGGAGGCGGCAGCGGCCAGCGAGGAGGUCAUUUAUAAGAUUGAUAUCCCAGCCAACCGCUAUGACAUGCUUUGCGUCGAGGGCAUCGCGCGGGCCUUGAACAUAUUCCGUGGCACACAAGCGGCCCCCCAGUACCGCCUGGCAGACAUGGCGACAGGCAAGCAGCCCCUGCAGAUGGUGGUUAAGCCGGAGACGGCCUUGGUCCGGCCGUUCGUGGUAUGCGCGGUGCUGCGAGGCGUCCAGUUCGACGCUGCCCGCUACAAUUCCUUCAUCGACCUGCAGGACAAGCUGCAUCAGAACCUGUGCCGACAGCGCACCUUGGUGGCUAUUGGUACGCACGACCUGUCCACGAUUCAGGGGCCGUUCACGUACGAAGCCCUACCGCCCGAGGAAAUCAAGUUCAUCCCCCUCAAGCAAACGCGCGAAUUUAAUGCCAAGGAGCUCAUGCAGUACUACCUGGACAAUGACCAGAAGCUCAAGAAGUUCGUGCCCAUCAUCCAGUCCUCCGUCGUGUACCCCGUACUGUACGACGCAAACCGUGUGGUGCUCUCCCUGCCGCCCAUCAUCAACGGAGCACAUUCCGCGCUGGCAUUCGGCUCCUUUCCCGCAUCCUGCUCACCUUCCUUCCACACCCCACACUCCCCCUCAACACACAUGAUCACCCUGGACACCCGGGACGUCUUCAUUGAGUGUACCGCCACCGACCUGACCAAGGCCAAAAUUGUGCUGAACACGGUUGUCACCAUGUUUGCGGAGUACGCCUCCACGCCCUUUGAGGUGGAGCCCGUGGAGGUCGUGGAUGUGCUGGGCAACAAGACAUUGUACCCGGACCUGUCUUACCGAUCGCUUACAUUGACCACGGACUACGUGAACAGCCUGCUUGGGCUGCAGCUGCCCGGUGAGGAGAUCGUCAAGUUGCUGACGAAAAUGCAGGUAGCAGCGGAGCUGGGAGAUGGGAAGGAGCUGACCGUGCGUGUGCCUCCGACCCGCUCGGAUAUCCUGCACGCGUGCGACGUGGCGGAGGACGUGGCGAUUGCGCACGGCUACAAUAAUAUCCCCAAGCGGAUACCCCCAACUGCCACCCAGGGCCGGGAGCUUCCUCUCAACCAGCUCACAGAGUUGUUGCGGGCAGAGGUAGCCAUGGCGGGAUUUACCGAGGUUUUAACUUGGGCGCUGGUGUCCCGCGCGGAAAACUUUGAAAACAUGCGGCGGCCUGACGACGGCUGCACAGCGGUUGAGAUUGGCAACCCCGCGACAGCGGAGUUUGAGGUCUGCCGCUCCAGCCUGCUCAGCUCGGCACUGAAGACCCUGGCGGCGAAUAAAGACAACGCGCUGCCCAUCAAACUGUUCGAGGUCAGCGACGCCAUCAUGCUGGACGAGUCACGAUCGGUGGGCGCUCGCAACGAGCGGCGGCUAGUUGCCGUGUACUGUGCCAAGGAGAGCGGCUUCGAGAUUAUCCACGGGUUGCUCAAUCGGGUGAUGGACGUGCUUGGCGUGCCGUAUAAGGAGGACCCAGUCUCCGCCGGGGCGCCUGUGACGUACCACUGGUCCCCCUCCGCGGACCCAGCUUUGUUCCCCGGGCGGCAGGCGGCCAUCUUCACGGGGAAAGACGCACAAGUGGGCGUGUUCGGUAUCGUGCAUCCCGAGGUGCUGGCCGCCUUUGAUGUACCAUAUCCGGUGUCCGCCCUGGAGCUCAACCUCGAACCCUUCGUCUUCAACCAAUUUUAUGAAAGCCUUCUGGAGCCCCUCAGCGUGGUACCAGCGGCCGCACAAGCCAUGAAGGUGCUGUGCGACCAUCAAAGACCCUUGAAAACCUAA